CUGCCGUCCAGUCUCCCGGCUCGGCUCCCUGCCCACUGGGCACGGAACCGGGCAGGGGGCGUGGCCCGGGCCCGAGCMGUCCGGGUCUACACCGGGGACCCCUGGCGGUCGCGGCGCCCCCUCGCGGCCCAGACCAGAGCGAGUCCAGCGGGCUCCCGCUUCCGCUUUGCGGGCAGGAGGCCGCGCGUCUGCAGCACGGGGACAGGGGCCCUGGGGAGCAGCUGGACCCGCUCUCUCCCAGCAUCGGCGCCGCCCAUGGCCGAGGUUCUCGAGCCAGACCUGGGGACAGCCGAGGUCGCGGAGGAGCAGGCGGUGGAGACGCCGGACUGGAAGGCCCCGGACGACAUGGGUUCCCAGGCCGGAAGUUAUGAGACCCGACACUAUGGGCCAGCCAAGUGGGUCAGCACUAGUGUUGAAUCUAAGGACUGGGAUUCAGCCAUCCAGACUGGCUUCACAAAACUGAACAGCUACAUUCAAGGCAAAAACGAAAAAGAGAUGAAAAUAAAGAUGACAGCUCCAGUGACAAGCUUCGUGGAGCCUGGCUCUGGUCCUUUUAGUGAAUCUACCAUUACCAUCUCCCUAUACAUCCCCUCGGAACAGCAAUCCGAUCCACCGCGGCCUUCGGAGUCAGAUGUCUUCAUUGAAGACAGAGCUGAAAUGACUGUGUUUGUGCGGUCCUUCGAUGGAUUCUCUAGUGCCCAGAAGAAUCAAGAACAGCUUUUGACAUUAGCAAGCAUUUUGAGGGAAGAAGGGAAAGUUUUUGACGAAAAGGUUUUCUAUACCGCUGGCUACAACAGUCCUUUCAAAUUGCUCAACAGAAACAAUGAAGUGUGGUUGAUACAGAAGAGUGAACCCUCCAAAGAACUUGAAUGAGAAAGUGAAAGGAAGUUCAUUGCCUGGGGCAUGCUUUGCUCUAAUUGCCAUCAACCCCUCCUAGAAGUAAAG